AUGGUUGUCACAACAUCCACCGAACCCGAGGUGCCAUUUUGCCCAACAACAGCAGAUGGCAAGAAGAUGUAUCUCUGCCUUACCAUCUGCGGAUACCGAAAGCCGGGCAUGAGUGAGGAAGACUAUCGUAAUCACAUGGUCAAUGUCUCCGCGCCUAUGACCAAGGGAUUAAUGGCCAAAUACGGCGUCAAGAGAUGGACUCAAAUUCAUAACCAAAGUUCUACUCGUGCUCUAAUGUCCCACCUCUUCGAUCACCAGAUGGCUAAUGUUGCGGACUUUGAUUGCUUCAGCCAGGUGGUCUUUCAUGAUAUCGAAGACUACAAACGUAUGAAACAAGAUCCAUGGUACAAAGAGCACCUUGUCGGUGACCAUGAGAAGUUUGCUGAUACCAAGAGAAGCAUGAUGACUAUAGGAUGGAUCGAAGAGUUUGUGAGAGAUGGCGAGGUCGUUGAUGGCUUUAAAGACUGUUAG